CUGCCCCGACACGCACCCGGCGCGGGGGCGACGGGUCCCGGCGGGUGUCGGAGCUGCCGAUGGAGCCGCGGUGGCAGUACCAGUUCCGGGUGAUCAUGCUGGGGGACUCCACGGUGGGGAAGUCCUCGCUGCUGCGGCGGUACACCGAGGGCGUCUUCCUGGACGCCGUCAACCAGACGGUGGGGGUGGACUUCUACGUCCAGUUCGUGGAGCUGGAGCCGGGGCUGCGGGUGAAGCUGCAGUUCUGGGAUACGGCCGGGCAGGAGCGGUUCAGAUCCGUCACUCGCUCCUACUACCGCAACUCGGCCGGGGGGAUGCUGCUCUUCGACCUCACCAACCGCGCGUCCUUCGAGAGCGUCCGGCAGUGGCACCGGGAGGUGACGGACACGGUCCGGCCAUCCGGCAUCGUCUUCUUGCUGGUGGGGCACAAGAGCGACCUGGCGGGGCAGCGGCGGGUGGGCAGGAAGGAGGCCGAGAAGCUGGCAGCCUCGCUGGGGGUGCGGUACGUCGAAACCUCGGCCAAGGACGCCAGCAACGUGGCCCAGGCUUUCCAGAUGCUGACGGCGGCCAUCUACCAGGCGCUGCAAACGGGGCGGCUGGCGCCCACCGAGGCGUGGGACGGGGUGAAGAGCAGCGUCCCGCUGCCGGCGCCGCCGCGCGAGGCUCGGCGGCCGGAGAAGGAGGAGAAGAGGCAGAGAUGCUCGUGCUAGAGCUGGGGACGCCGGGGACACGGCGGUGCACGGGAGCUGAGGCGGCGAGCGAGCGGCCGGGGUGCAGGAAGGGGCAGCGAGCGACGGCCGGGGCGCAUUAAACAUCCCCCCCCUCC